CUUGAAUUCACGCCAAACUCUGUCCACCGAAAGACUAAAUACGAUAACGAGAGAGCCGUUAAUAUUUGCUGUGAUUUCUCGACGGGAGGCCUACUGUUAGGCGUUGUCCACACGUUUGGUAUACCGAAGGAGGCCUCGAGACCUAAGUCUAAGAAGACCUAUAAUCCGUCCAUUAAUAAGACGAUUCAGUCGGCCAUUCGUAUCAUUAAUAUAAGCGACGACUCAAUCAAAGAGGAGUGGAAAUACACUCAACACAAGACACACGCAGAGUGCGAGUAUUCCUUCGCCUUCUCACACAACACAUUCAGGUUUGCUUCGGGAUGUGAUAACGACUCGAAUGUCUUUGUUUGGAGUUUCGAUAAGGGGAACAAAAAAUGGGAUUCAAUUAUCAUUGACAUCAACGCUAAAGACAAUAAGAAGAUCUUAAGAGGCAAAUCCAAGAAAUCAUUGGAUUCGUCGGUAUUUGUGGACGAAUUCACGUUCAGUUGUGACGACAAAUACUUGAUAAUGAUUUUGUCGGACAACUCGAUGAAA